UAUAUGAGAAUAAGAAGCUGACCGAAUAGAAGCUGACAAAUAAGAAGCCAACUUCAGUAUCGUCGUCACAUCAGUGAAACCACUGGGUAUUUCUACAGGGUAUUUCUGUUGAUGUGCCAGUGAUUUCCUGUAUUACUCGCCUUUAAUUUAGUUUCGUCUGUACUCCGCUAGUUCCUCGUUAUAAACGAACCAUUUUGUAUUUAUCAUGACAGCCUGUCGAUCAAUUUGGGUUUUAAACGUACUUUCUUAACAUCAGCCGCCUCGGGAACCUGAUCGAGUUGUUGUUGGGUAUUCAACCAUGAAGGGGUCAUUCAAAUUUUGGGUGGCAGUUAUCACUGCUUUGAGCUUGAGCUGUAGCACUUUUAUCCUGACCAAGGUGUUCUUUGCAUUACAUAGACCGUGGAGAGAUGUAGGAUAUAAAUUUUCUGCAGUGCAGAACAGUUCCAGUCACUGUUGGCCACAUGUAAUACCUGAACACUUUAGGAUUGAAAAAAAGAGCAACCCUUUUCUGUGUUUUUCUGAUGUUAUUGGCUCAACAAAAGACACAAGCCUUGCAAACCGUCAAUUACCAUAUGGAAUACAAAAAUCAGAAUCAGCGUUUGCGACAGUUCUGCACAUCUUGAAAGGGUGUGACCUUCCGCUUGAAGUAAAGAAAAACAAGUGCAGGAGGUGUGUUGUUGUCGGCAAUGGUGGAGUUCUGAGAAAUAAGAUGAUGGGAAAAAUGAUUGACUCCUUUGAAGUUGUAAUGAGGAUAAACAGUGGUCCUGUGCGCGGGUACGAGAGUGAUGUUGGGAAAAGGACCACAUUCAGACUGUGCUAUCCUGAAUCCAUCUUUAAAGAUUCCAGAGAUGCUGAUCCAGACACAACUGUAGUUAUUAUCCCAUUUAAACCACAUGAUUUAAGGUGGAUGACUGAAGUACUACUACACAAACCAGUGAACUUCAAAGGAUUCUGGACAAAGCCUGCUACAAAACUAAUUUACAAGCCAGAACAGCUCAGGGUGUUAAGUCCUUUCUACCUGGACAAAGCAGCCCACAACUUUCUUCACUUACCUGAGAAAUUGCUCCAUGAAAAGAUACCAACACACCCAACAUCAGGAAUUAUUGCAAUCACAAUGGCCCUGAAUGUGUGCGAAAAAGUAUAUAUAGCAGGGUUCAAGUACAACUUAUCUUCAGACAAUUACCUGCACUAUUAUGGAAACGAGACAAUGUUUAAAAUGACAAAGAAUAAUCAUCACAACAUCACUGCUGAGCAGAUUUUUCUCCAACAACUUAAAUAUAGCCAAGCAAUCAUUGAUCUGACGGAAGAGUGAGCACCAACUGAAUUGUUAUUUUAUUAUUAUUUGUUUAUUUAACAGACGCUUUUAUCCAAGGCAACUUAGAGACUAGGGUGUAUGA